CUCUCGCCGCCGCCGGAGUCGCUGCCUCCGGCCCGGCUGCUUCGCUCCGGCCCCUGGGCCUCCGCCUCCUCGCGAGCAACUUUUCGGUGGGCCCGGAGGCCCGAGGGCGUCGCGGCGCCGCGCGCAGCCCACUCGCGGCCGGGAUGGACCCCGGCACCCCCUCUGCGAGCCCCUCUGGCUCACAGCCUCCACCACCACUGCAGCCCCAGGCCCGUUCGCGGCUCAAUGCCACUGCCUCGGUGGAGCAGGACGAGAGCGGGGUGCCCCGAGCCCCUGGACCCCAAGUGGGACGCGGACCGGAUGUAGGAGACACAGCUGCCCCAGCCGUGGCCCGGACCCCGAGCCCUCGGAGCCAAGAACGAGCGGACAGAACAGGGCCCGUGAAGGGCGAUGUGGAAAUGCCCUUUGAGGAAGUCCUGGACAAGGCCAAGGCGGGGGACCCCAAGGCACAGACGGAGGUGGGGAAACACUACCUGCAGCUCGCCAGCGACGCGGACGAGGAGCUGAACAACUGCACUGCCGUGAGCUGGCUCAUCCUGGCCGCGAAGCAGGGCCGGCGUGAGGCGGUGAAGCUUCUCCGCCGGUGCCUGGCGGACCGGAAAGGCAUCACUUUUGAGAACGAGCAGGAGGUGAGGCAGCUCUCCUCCGAGACUGACCUGGAGCGGGCCGUGCGCAAGGCGGCCCUGGUCAUGUACUGGAAGCUCAACCCCAAGAAGAAGAAGCAGGUGGCUGUGUCAGAGCUGCUGGAGAACGUCGGGCAGGUCAACGAGCACGAUGGAGGGGCACAGCCAGGCCCAGUCCCCAAGUCCCUACAGAAGCAGAGGCGGGUGCUGGAGCGCUUGGUUAGCAGUGAAUCCAAGAGCUACAUAGCGCUGGAUGACUUCGUGGAGAUCACCAAGAAGUAUGCCAAGGGCAUCAUCCCCGCCAACCUGUUCCUGCAGGACGAUGAUGACGAUGAGCUGGUGGGCAAGAGCCCCGAGGACCUGCCCCUGCGUCUGAAGGUGGUCAAGUACCCCUUGCACGCCAUCAUGGAAAUCAAGGAGUACCUGAUUGACAUGGCAUCCCGGGCGGGCAUGCACUGGCUGUCCACCAUCGUGCCCACCCACCACAUCAACGCCCUCAUCUUCUUCUUCAUCAUCAGCAACCUGACCAUCGACUUCUUCGCCCUCUUCGUCCCCCUGGUCGUCUUCUACCUGUCCUUCGUCUCCAUGGUGAUCUGCACCCUCAAGGUUUUCCAGGACAGCAGGGCCUGGGAGAGCUUCCGCAGCCUCACGGGCCUGCUCCUGCGCUUCGAGCCCAACCUGGACGUGGAGCAGGCCGAGGUGAACUUCGGCUGGAACCACCUGGAGCCCUACGUCCACUUCCUGCUGUCCGUCUUCUUCGUCAUCUUCUCCUUCCCCGUCGCCAGCAAGGACUUCAUCCCCUGCUCCGAGCUGGCCGUGGUGGCCGUCUUCUUCACGGCCACCAGCUACAUGAGCCUGAGCACCUCGGCCGAGCCCUACACCCGGAGGGCCCUGGUGACGGAGGUGGCCGCUGGCCUGCUCUCCCUCCUGCCCUCCCUGCCCCUCGACUGGCACCACCUGAAGCUCCUGGGCCAGACCUUCGUCACCGUGCCCCUCGGCCACUUGGUCGUCCUGAACGUCAGCGUCCCCUGCCUUCUCUACGUCUACCUGCUCUAUCUCUUCUUCCGCAUGGCACAGCUGAGGAACUUCAAGGGCACCUACUGCUACCUGGUGCCCUACCUGGUCUGCUUCAUGUGGUGCGAACUCGCUGUGGUCAUCCUGCUGGAGUCCACCGGCCUGGGGCUGAUCCGCGCGAGCAUGGGCUACUUCCUCUUCCUGUUCGCCCUCCCGAUCCUGGUGGCCGGCCUGGCGCUCAUGGGCGUGGUGCAGCUAGCCCGCUGGUUCCUGUCCCUGGAGCUCACCAAGGUCGCCGUCACCGUGGUGAUGUGCAGCAUCCCCCUGCUGUUCCGCUGGUGGACCAAGGCCAACUUCUCGGUGGCGGGCGUGGUGAAGUCCCUGACGCGGAGUUCCAUCGUCAAGCUCAUCCUGGUGUGGAUCACGGCCAUCGUGCUGUUCUGCUGGUUCUACGUGUACCGGUCGGAGGGCAUGAAGGUCUACAACUCCACGCUGACCUGGCAGCAGUACGGCUUCCUGUGCGGGCCGCGGGCCUGGAAGGAGACCAACAUGGCCCGCACCCAGAUCCUGUGCAGCCACCUGGAGGGCCACAGGGUCACGUGGACGGGCCGCUUCAAGUACGUGCGCGUGACGGACAUCGACAACAGCGCCGAGUCGGCCGUCAACGUGCUGCCAGUCUUCAUCGGCGACUGGAUGCGCUGCCUGUACGGCGAGGCCUACCCGUCCUGCAGCCCCGGCACGGCGCCCACGGCCGAGGAGGAGCUGUGCCGCCUCAAGCUGCUGGCCAAGCACCCCUGCCACAUCAAGAAGUUCGACCGCUACAAGUUCGAGAUCACGGUGGGCAUGCCGUACAGCGGCGCCAACGGCUCGCGCAGCCCGGAGGAGGACGACGUCACCAAGGACCUUGUGCUGCGGGCCAGCGGCGAGUUCAAGGACGUGCUGCUCAGCCUGCGCCAGGGCAGCCUCAUCGAGUUCAGCACCGUCCUGGAGGGCCGCCUGGGCAGCAAGUGGCCCGUCUUCGAGCUCAAGGCCAUCCGCUGCCUCAACUGCAUGGCCCAGCUCGCACCCGCCCGGCGCCACGUGAAGAUCGAGCGCGACUGGCGCAGCACCGUGCACGGCGCCGUCAAGUUCGCCUUCGACUUCUUCUUCUUCCCGUUCCUGUCGGCGGUGUGAGGGCGCGUCCCCGGCCAGGGGAGUCCGCGCGUGUCCCCGCCAGGACCUCCAGCCCGCGUGUGGCCACCCAGCCAGAGGGCACAGCACUAACGCUGAGAGUGUGCGUGUGUGUGUGUGUGUGUGUGUGUGUGUGUGUACGUGCACGCACGUGUGCGGAUAUGGCACUUGUCACAUGCAGCCCGCUCACACCUCCGUGAGCUUCGGCUCUGCCCGCCUGGAACGCCAUGACGUUGGCAAUUGCAUGCCGUCUCGACCCACAGCCCCGACCUUCCAGAGCGAAGCCGAUGGGCCCUCCAGCCUGGCAGUUCUGGGCCCUGGAAAGCACGUUACAGAGGAAGUCCUUCCCCCUUCCCUCCACUUCCAAGCACCGCCCCCCCCUCCCCCGUUUACUCUCGUGUCGGAUUUGUUUUUUUAAAGAACCAAACGCGCUGCUGUGAAAUUCGGUGAUAGGAUGUCUUAUUUAUUUGGUCACUGCUAAGCCUCGACAGCUGCUUGCCGAUCUGGGGCUUACUCGGGUACCGCCCGAGCUCUGUCGCGCGGUCAGGGCCCCGCCCGAUUCCCAAGGUCAGAGGCUGGGGGAGGCGGCAGCCCCGGGCCCCAUGGGCUUGCCCUGCGGCUCUCCUGUCUAGUGGGCAGUGGGUGAGCUUGUGAGAUGCAUCCGCGGCAUCAGGAAACGGGAGGAACCCGGGGUGUCCCUUCCUGGUGCUCAGAGAAGCUUUGCCGUGUUCACCAGGAAACAGAGUCAGGGUCCCAAAGCAGCCAAAAUAAAAGCAUUUCAUGAAACCUA